ACUUCGUCUGUGCUACUACUAACACUCGUAUGAUAAUGAAGUUCAUAUGAUAUAAUGUAAAAGUAUGGAGACCAUAUGAUAUGUAAAAGUAUGGAAACCAAUAGCUCUCGAAGAGGGGCAUAAAUCACCAGGUCUAUCCUAAAGGUACGUGUCUAUUGAGAGUAAAACUGUCGCGAGUUGCUCUCGAGAGUAUUUCUGGCAAAUGGAUAUUGCUUCUGAGAGUUACUGUCUGAGAGCAUCGCUAUUUGAGAGUCGACGUCUCGCGACUUGCUCGGAAAUGGACACAAUAUUAUACUGCUCUCGGACAGUUACUAUUUGAAUUCCUGCUCCGGUUUCAAAGUCCUGAGAGUACUGUCGUGCGAGCAGAAUAAUGAAUAAUAAAAAAGUGUGGUCAAAAAGUGAAAUUAUUGAACUAAUUUCUCAAUAUGAAGAGAAAUCGGUAUUAUGGAAUACUAAAGAUAUUCAAUAUAGAAACAGGGAAACCAAAGCAAAAAUUUUUGAAGAAUUUGCAUUGAAUUUCUCUUGUUCUGUGGAGGAAAUUCAACGUAAAAUACAUAAUUUGCGGAAUCAGAUGUCACAGGAAUUGAGAAAAGUGAGGAAAAAAUCAAAAAGCGGAAGUGGUACAGACAAUUUAAUAUGUAGUAACUGGCCAUAUUUUCAAGCUAUGCGGUUUUUAGUGCCAGUACUGACUAACGAUAACACGUUGUCAUAUACAGAAGCUUCAGUGUCUGUUGGAGAAGACAAAACAGAAGACAAAGCAGAAGAAAAAACAGAAGAUAAAAACGAAAACAGGAUACAAUCAAAAAAACGGAAGCAUAAAAAUAAUGAUGUGGAUGAAGAGCUAUAUAAAUCAGCUUUAAGAACUCUCCAAAAAGAACCGGACGAUUACGAUAAAUUCGGCCAAUAUGUAGCGUUGGAGCUUAAGUCGUUAAAAUCUGAUUUCAAUAAGGCACGCUUGAAAAGCGAAAUACGGAAAAUUAUUGUCCGUAUCGCAGAUGAAGAUCUGUAUAGUUCUUUUUCAAACCAGACAUCAUCAUCAAUUUCCACGCCAAUACCGUCUCCCGCUUUUGAAUCGGAAGGAUCUCAAUCUCUUCAACAAUUUCAAGAAUCAUGUCAUGAUUAUGAUUAUGAAGAUACAAAGAUAAAGACAGCGAUGGCUGAUAUAGCGGCAAAACUUGUAGUAUGUCACAAAUACAUACAUAGGUAGGAUUCAAUGAGCUAAUAUUGGCAAAUAUUUCAGAAACUAAGAAAUUCCGACAAUUAUAUAUAUAGGAAAAUGGGAAUAUGAAAAAGUUGUAAAAAAUGUUGAUUUCUACAAAAUAUUUAAAUUUUUGAAAUUGAUAGGAACAUAAUACAUCAGCGGUUUUACCUUUAUUUAAUUAUAUUUGCCCAAAUUAUCCAAGUGCGAGUACUCGACACUGCGGAAUUGGAUUAGAUUAAACAAUUUUGGUUGAGUUCGAACAGUACCUGAAACGUACGAACCUGCCUUUCGCUAGUUUAACUAUUUUAUUGAGUUUUAUUCUGAUGAUCAAAACAGUAACAGAAAUAUGAAAGAUUUAAAGAAUUAUUAAGGCUCUACGAAAUUAAAAUUACAAUUUUUCGAUAUAUAUAA